AUGGCCGAAGACACCUAUUCACACAAGAGGGUAACAACAAAUCAUAGGCACUGUCGCACAAAAUUCACAGAAGAACAAUUGAAAAUCCUCAUCGAUACCUUCAAUCAAAAGCCUUACCCAGGUUAUGCUACCAAACAAAAACUUGCUUUAGAAAUCAAUACAGAAGAGUCCAGAAUCCAGAUUUGGUUUCAGAAUCAAAGAGCUAGGCACGGAUUCCAGAAAAGACCAGAAGCUGAGACUUUUGAAUCAAGCCAGAGCCAGGGGCAAGGUCAACCUGGUGUGCAGUUUCAAAGUAGAGAAGCCAGACGAUGUCGUACUACCUACAGCGCCUCUCAGUUACACACUCUCAUCAAGGCAUUUAUGAAAAACCCAUACCCUGGGAUUGAUUCCAGAGAAGAACUUGCUAAAGAAAUCGGUGUUCCGGAGUCAAGAGUCCAAAUUUGGUUCCAAAAUCGAAGAUCUAGAUUACUUCUCCAGAGAAAAAGGGAAGCUGUGGCAUCCUUAGAACAAGAAGAGCAGGGCAAGAUUCCUGAGGGACUACAAGGUACAGAAGAUACACAAAAUGGCACCAACUUCACUAGUGACUCUCAUUUGUCUGGAGCCAGAAUGUGGUGA